GUUGAAUACUUUAUUGAGAAAAGUUGAAAAUGGAAGGAAGCAAGAGUCUACCAGCAAACGAGAGCGACGAGGAUGAAGAUUUGAGCAGCAAAACAUCGGUAUGUAUGUUAUAAAAUAUAGAAGAAGUUGUUUUAUUAACAAAAAUAAUAAGAAAAGAAUACAAGAUAAAUAUAACCAAUUAGGUAAAUUGUAGUCACGAACUAGUUACUGUAGUUGCCUGGUCCUUCGUUUUCUGGACAAACCAGAAAAUAUUUUUAAAAAAACAUUGUUUCCUGGUUUGUCCACCUUUGGGAGACAUGGCUAGGAAACAAUGUUUCCUGGUUUGUCCACCUUCAGGAAACAAUAUUUCCUGAUUUGUCUACCUUCAGGAAACAUGGCUAGCCAGGCUAGGAAACAAUGUUUCCUGGUUUGUCCACCUUUGGGAAGACCAAAGUUCUCACUGCAGAAUUUCUAUAAUUUAGGAUGAAAUGCCUGAUGUACAUUCAACUGCAGUUGUCAAGUACACUAAGAUGGGUCCCAUGGAAACUUACUCAACUUUAGAACUUGUAAGUUGAAUGUAUAAAUAACAUUGUGAUUGUUUAUCUUGUCCAAUUCAAUUUUGAGUUUAAUGUUCUGAGUAAGAUUGACAGCUGUCAGAAAACAAGCCGUACUUGGUUGGGUCAGCUUUUGCAAAUGCUAAUGCAUCACAAUGCUUGACAGUUUAUUGUCAUGAAGCAUGCACAGUGAACGUUUAAGUUCAUUUUUGCAAUGGACGUUUAUUUUGUGUUUAGAACACAGAUAUAAAUGAACCUCCUGACAACUGGCUUCAUGACAGUUUACAAGGAAGAUUUAGUGACUGGACGUCUGCAAAACACGAAGCUCCAGCUGACUUGUCAAGGUACAUUUUACGUCCAUUAAACUGCAUUUCAUCCAAAUAUAUCCUCUUAAUAAAUUCUUUGUAAAUGUGCAUCGUGAUAUUGGGUUGUUCCAGAGAAAGUCCACACUACCGCCCCCCCCCCCGAGGAAAUUUCUGCCACCCAGGGGGAGAGGGAAGAAACAUUUGUUUCUGUUAAUAGUAAAUGUGUUGUAACAUUCAGAGGGGUAGGGGGGUUAACUUCCAAUUUCCUCUGUCGGGAGGUAUGGAUGUUUCCCAGAAUUACGUACCAUUUUAAUACAUGCUCGUAGACAUUUUAACAGGCGGGUUGGAACCUGAAAUGAACAUUUUUUGUUUGGCAUUUAAACUGUAAUUAUGCCAAUUACCAAAUCUUGUUUUUCUCAGUUUCAACAUGGCGCAUUCAUUUCUGGAGAAUAUUGAUGAUGUUGACGUCAUUUCUGAUGCGGAGGUAAUUCUUAACUUUCUCUUUACUGUCACAGUCUUAGGCUGUGGGCCGUUGGCCAAAAUUAUUUCACUUUGUGGCAACCCCUUGGGGAAUAGAUUUUCUGUGAUUCAAUGCAUAGUAACCGUGGAUACUCGACUACCUCAAAAAGUUCCCAAAACCUCAAAAACACCGAGAAAAUGGGUGAUCAGUGAUUAUCCCCUAUUAAAUUGUAUUACAGCAAGAAAAUGUGAAAUUUUAUAUUCAAUUACAACAAAAAUGACUUACAGUAUCGGUACUGACAAAAAACGAAUAUAAGACAUUCAAACAGUUUUUUGAUCCUUCAAAUAGUCUUUGAGUUAUUGCUGUUUUAAAUGUGAAAAUUGGACCAAAAUGUCGCAAUAAGGACUGGGUACUAGGUCAAAAACGCGUUUUUGAUAGUGUAUAACUCGAAAACAAUUUGAGAUAUAAAAAACUGUUUAAAUAUCUUAUAUCCAGUUUUUUGUAAGCUUUCCGAUGAUGCUGGUCAUUUUGUUGUAAUUGAAUACAAAAUUUCACAUUUUUUUGCUGUAUUAAUACAAUUUAAUAGAGGAUAAUCACUGAUCACCCAUUUUCUCGGUGUUUGGCAAGUUUUUUACUUGGGAACUUUUUGUGGUAAUUGAGCAUCUAUGGUACUGUGCAUUGAACCACAGAAAAUCUAUUCCCCAAGGGGUUGCCACGAAAUUGCUUUUCCAAGCACUUUUUCUCACAAAGGCCCACGGCCUAUCUCCAAAUAUAAAAAUAUUGAUUUGCGGCAUGUACGCAGUGUGUACCUACUUUUCUUUGUUUUUAACAUUUUCAGAACAUCAAGAAACUGCUCAAAAUGCCGUUCAGGUAACUAGAGAUUGAAUUAUAAUAAUGGCUGCAUGCAAAUCAACUCAAUGAGUUUUGGUUUGUAGAAAUACUCUGAGUAAAUUAGUAUUUUGCAAGCUUGUGUUUAUCAUGUAUCUUCAACUCGUUAUUACACCAACUCAGGCUGGGAUUACACUAUAUCGGAUUGAUUUUCAUACCGGAUCAAUUUUCACACCGAAGCCAAAAUCAAGGGUGUUUACACUAUGCCGCUUCGCUCUGUCGCGAGCUCGUAUCUUUUAUCGUUGCCACGGAAACAAAUAAUAAGUUUUGACCAUUUUGGACGUUUUCUCGACAGUACUUGUGAAUUAUAACUUUGUUUACAAAGCUUGACCACCCGACGUUGCUUUGUCUCGCUCUUAUCGAAAAUUGACGAGUAUUUCAUUAAAUUUUGCCCUUUUGAAAGCAAGAAGUCAAUGUUAUUACCGCUAUCUUUAUUUGUCUUCGCUAGAAAUAAUAAAUAAUUAUAAAGCGAAGCAAACAACAGCUAUAAAAUAUUUAAAAGCGAGUAAAUAAAACGACAAUGUUAAAAUAUACUUGCCGAAACCUAUUUAUAGUACCGGAGCGUACCGGAUUGCCUGAUUACACUUGGUUUUAUCCGGUACAGCACGUAUCGGAUUACUUUUCAUAUCACCUCCAAAGCGAAGUGAUUUUCGCGCCGCGGCACGUACCGGAUUACAGUGGCGUAGUGUAAACAAGAGGCCAAUCCGGUACAGAAAUCGCGUCGCUUCGAUGCAAUCCGGUAUAGUGUAAUCGGGGCCUCAAACCGACCUGACCGCGUAGCUCAGUUGGCAGAGCAUUGGACUAGUAUUCCAAAGGUCUCGGGUUCGAUUCCCAACGCGGUCGGGCAAACUUCAACUUGCCCGAUGUGGAUGCACACUCAGAGUAACAUCACAAACCAGUAUCAUACUUCCACAAAGCAAAACAUGCAUGUGAGCUUGGACAUAGAAUCACUAGAAUGCAACUAGCUGAAAUGUAAGUGCACAUAUCUUCUCUUGCAUGUGACUGGGGUGAAGUAUAUUAUAACAGCAAUGAAACCACUUGGUGACAGAGGUACUAACUGUGAAACUGAGCAUUAUAUCUUACAAUGAAUGAUAUUUUGUUUAGCAAGACAGGUAUCAGUCUGAGUGUAAAUAAAGUUGGCAAAACUUUGCUGUUGGAUGAAUUUGAUGUCCCGAGUGUGCUCAGCCACGCUGCGCAGGUAACACAAGUUCUUCUUAGACAAUACGGAAAUAAUUGAUGCACAAUUAACAUCGUUUAAGUGCGCUAAUAAAUAAGUAUACAUGAGCACUAAUUUCUGGCAGACUGAGAGCAAAAUAUAGCACCUCGUUUUCAUAUCACAUGUGCGAAAACGAGACGCUACAAUGACGUAGUUUCCGAAAGCGUGUAUUCCUGAAAUUCUAUUUUUAUUUUUUAGAAAGAAAAGCUGGAACAUAUGCAGUGGUUGCAAGAUGUCUUCAGUGUCGAGGCAAACAUUGAAAAAGUAAUUUUUAUUCAGCCUCUGUACAAAUCUCACAUUUGAUUAAGCAAUGAAAGUUGAGGAAUCUCUGGUAUAAACUCUCCCAUGGUUUCGUAUUUUGCGCUACAACGCGUGAUAGUCUGCAGAGUAUUUUGAUUUUCUUCAGAAUCAGACUUUGUUGCGAAGAAAGAAGAACCCGCAAGAUAGUCGAGAGAGAAACAUGAUGUCGAAAUUCUUGUGUUAUAGGUAGACUUUGCUUGCUCUUUGACUUUUCCCUCAAGACCCGAGGAUGUUUUGCUGUGCUUGUUUUAUUUGUCUGUCAAUGAGACAACACUACAGUGGUUGAAACGUUGGGUGGUGAAUGUAAUGUGUAGCUAGUAGGAAAAUACCUAAAUGUUGUAGUAAUUUAGUUAAAUGUUAUUCUUCAGUUCUCCAGAAGCAGGUAUUGAUCAAGACCAGGAUGCUACUCCUAUUCACACCAUUGCAUCAGCCAGUUCUUGUCGCGAUCUCGUUCCAUUCCUUCCUGAACCCGUACUCCAGGUAAAUAUACCAUCUCAACGACUGACAGUUCCAACAAGAAAACCUGCACGUAUUACUUAGUUUCACAUCUCUAAUAUUUAGCAAGGUGUCUGCCACUCAAUUGAGUUCCGGUUGUUUCGCCCCUAAGUCGUUUCGCCCCAAGUCGUUUCACCCCCAAGUGAGCUAGUGAAUGAUCUCUUACAAACUAACAAGCUAGCCCAUAUUUGCGAGUAUCGUGGACAAAUGGAUCAAACGGCAAACGCGCAAAAAUCAAAAACCUAUUCACUAUUAAAGUGACAGAAUUACUGACAAAACGUAACAUUUCAAACGAAAGCAAAAGCGCGAAAAGGUUUGACAAAGUCGGUGAUCAACGCGAUGAUUAGUUCAGUUUACAAUGGAUGAACGAAACAAUUCCCAGAACGGUGAUUAGUUUUUGACAAUAGCCGAACAAAACAAUAUUCUUUCAAAAUGAAAGAAUAUCAAAUUAUAAAUAGAAAAAUGACUCAAUCCCGGUAUUAUACUCACCCUUCAAAUAUUCAUGGAAAGAAACAGACAAUAUAAAAUGUUUGAAACGUAAACAUUGAUGAAAAAAAUCGCACGCGUAACGGUAGCUUGCAAAUAGAAAUAAUAGAUAUAUAAUAAUAAAUAUAUCUAUUAUUUCUAUGGUUUAUUCUUUACAGUUUAUUCUUAACGAAACGUUUAGACGAAUCGACUUAGCCACUUGGGGGCGAAAUGACUUGGGGCGAAACGACUUGGGGGCGAAACGACUUGUAUUCUUACCACAGACAGGAAUAGAACCUUUAAAAUUCUGGUUUGAAAUGGCAGCCAAGUUAUUUUGUUCAGAUAUCACAUCAUUACUCUCCAUUUUUUUACAGCCACAAGAACAAUCAAAAUUUCAAAGAAAUGUCGUGUGGAAAUUCGAAGAUACAAAAAUGUUGAUUGGAUCAAAUAUGCCUAUAUUUGGAGGUGGAAAAUACCCAGCUGUCAGCCUUAGACUAAAGUACGAAAUUUGGUUUGGAACAGUUUAGAACUGAUAGAGCUAUCCAGUAUAAGUAAAUUUUAGUUUAGAUUUCCUCCUGUAGUAACACUGGAUCAAUAAAGGAUGAUCCUUACUGGACCUCUAGGAAGAACAGUUUAGAACUGAUAGAGCUAUCCAGUAUAAAUAAAGUUAGUUUAGUUUAGGUUUCCUCCUGUAGUAACACUGGAUCAAUAAGAGAUGAUUCUUACUGGACCUCUAGGAAGAACAUUUAGAACUGAUAGAGCUAUCCAGUAUCAAAAAAAUUAGUUUAGUUUAGGUUUCCUCCUGUAGUAACACUGGAUCAAUAAGAGAUGAUUCUUACUGGACCUCUAGGAAGAACAUUUAGAACUGAUAGAGCUAUCCAGUAUCAAAAAAAUUAGUUUAGUUUAGGUUUCCUCCUGUAGUAACACUGGAUCUAAUAAGAGAUGAUUUUUGUAUUCUCAGUGACUGUUCUAAACCUAUCAACGUGUUGACUGGACUGGAUUAUUGGCUGGAUAACUUGAUGUGUAAUGUUCCUGAGGUCGUGAUGUGUUUUCAUAUGGAUGGUAUUGUGCAGGUAGAAUUGAAAGCAAUUAUAUCUAACCAAUCACUAGAUAGUCUGCAAGACGAGAGAUUUAGUCCUAGGUUAGAUACAUACAUAGCGUGAAUCAAGGCACUUGUCCACAUCGAACGAGUCUUCUGUUCCUUGUCGUUUGCUGCAGUUUAUUUCUGACGUUUCUCUGAUUUAUUUUCAACAGAAAUAUGAACGUUACCAAACAGAUGAACUUCCCAAUAUUGAAGGCAGUCGGUUUUCUCCAAGGGUAAGCCGCUAGCUUCAUAUCCAUAGAGGCCUCAUUUUUACUACAGAAGGACGAUAUACCUCCGGACAAACUGGAGCAUACAAAAUGUAGUUUAAUUGUCUGAUAAAUCGUGUAUAAACGUGGCAGACAGACGAAUCAUCGGUCAAUAUGUAGAAAUACUGUAUUAGACAACUAUCUGGAACCCACCAACGAGUUGUAGACUUUCUUAUUACAAAUACAUUUUUUUACAUCAGCUUAUUUUGUUUGUGGGGUUACUCUGAGUGCCCACCGGGCAAGUGGAAAAAUUUGCCUGACCCCACUCAGAGUAGCACCAUAAUGCCUGCGUACAUAACACCAACAGACAUUUUCCUUAUUUAUUUCAUUUGAAGGUUAUAAAAGAUGUGGCGAGAAAUAUUUUAUCAUUUUUGAAAUCAAACUGUACUCAAGAAGGUCACACGUACUGGCUUUUUAAAGGUAUUUACCAAAUAUAAUUUUUGUCAAAUUGUCUUUCACCUAUACAAACCAAUCCGUGCGACAGUGUACGGUUACGCUGCAGUACGAUUGGCACGCUUGAUAAAGAAAUUUUGGUCUUUUAAUAUUGCUUAUUUUCAGGCAAUGGCAGUGAUGUGGUAAAACUCUAUGAUCUCACGUCAUUGUGUGAUAAGGUGAAACUCCAUUGUCAUUUUUCUGCCUAUGCAUCGUUUAGGGUUUUAACUAUGCUACAUAUUUGCAAUAGAAUAGUUUUCAGUGUACGGUUUUAAAUUUAAUGGCAAAAAUUUAAGUGCAAAUGAAGAUUAAGUAAUCAAAAUAUGCUGUUAGUCAAUAAGGAAUUGUCAACCCUGGGGGUUAAACCUGGCUGGUAAUUCUGAGUUAAUAUACCCAGACCUUAUAUGCUGAGUUCAUUUUUAUUCGUUUUAAACGUUUUAUGUACUGUACAUUGUAGACAUCAAAUGAUUCAGCCAAUCCUUUCAGUGUUCCAGUGGCUAUGUUGUUAUACAGGUAGGCCGGGUUAAUAAGGUUAUGGCUCGUCUUUUACUAUGAAUAUUUUCUAUUUGAUCUGAAUGUAUGUUUUGUCAGAAUUUGAAAAUUCUCGGGGAAGUAUUGUUCAAAGAAUUUCACUUGCUUUUCACGGCGUGAGUUUAGGUACUAGGUCAUAAAACACACACGCCAGUCAUGCAAAGACAUUGUUAUAUUUCAAUUAAAUUGUAACACAUUUUGUUUCGUCCAGGGUGGCUAAGAACAUGAUGAAUCAGUCAAACAUUUCUGACAGGUAAACACAUAUUUCUUUUAUAUGAACAAGCUUUCGUUGGCAGGGAUGCAACGACCCGAAAAAUAGAAGGAGAAUUUCGACAUUUCGAGCCCAGGCCCUACAGUAUUUAUCACGCAGAGUGCGAACAGUACACCUUGAGUGUUAAGUUUGUUGCAGCAUCGAUCAUGUAGGCAGGGUGGCCCGUUCAGCUACAAAGGUUGGUGUUCAAAAGGGGGGGGGGUCUACCCCGUAUCCUGAAUAUGGUCGACAUUUGAAACUGAGAAAAUGUUUGGUCAUUGUCAGGGAGCAAAAUAUGGUGCAACUGUUGCUGACAAACUGUCUGGAUCUUCUCAAUAAUGAGCCUCGACCUGAUGAUCAUCUCGAGAUUAUUACGUCAUCACACUAUCUUUUGGCUGAGGUGUAUUCAUCGACCAAUCAGAAACGCGCUGAAGAAGUAUUGGAGAACGCAGAACGUUGUGCCAGCCCUGUCUGUGAUGACGACGAAUUUCCUUGGCCCAAGGUAACUUGGGAUUCGUGUGUACUAAAGGGCUAACCUGGGGCCGGCCUUGAGAGGUCCGAAACUCAGAUUUUAGUGGGUUUAGUCAGUACUUAGUGGGUUUCAGUGCCAUGGUGCUCGACACUAAAAGAGAGUUUUAUCAGAGUGACUGAAUGGUUCACUGCAUGUGCAUCUAUCUUAUGUUUCUCAUACUUGAUGUGGUUAUAUUUUAUUUCAGACAUUGACCAUCGGUGAUUUAUCGAAAUCGAACAGCUUUGAAGAAUCUUAUGACGAGGUUUGAACUAUUGUAGUUUCCAAAACAAACAAUCGAUAAUAAUGAACCGGUCAUGUUGGAUUGAUUUCUAUUGGAGCGAGGUUCUCUGUUUGAUAUUCAUGAUAUGUUAAUAUUUUUAGGUUGCUGUUGAUCUUCCUGAGAAUGUUCAUGAAAAACUUAGAAUGUCAUUAUCACAUGUCGUGAAGGUGCGUCUCUUUAUGGAUUUAUUUCGCAUCGACACAAAGUUCCUUUCAAGAUUCUUCACACGGAGUCCGAUGUUUGGCCACGGGAAUAUUAAAAGGAAGAAGUUAUUUCCCUGACCUCAGAAUAACAUUUUGUCAGAACUUUUUUCUUCAAUAUUGGCUUAGAAACGAACUUGGAGUAGGGUUAUGUUAGGGUUAGAGUUGGUGUUUGGAAUAGGUUUAGUGUUUUAGUAAAAUCGUUGCUUUGUUACGUUUUGUCACUCUGAGGCCAGCGAAAUAACCUCUUCCGUACUAAAACACUUUUCCUAACUAAGUUAUUCUUUCCUUUCACUGGGGGGAGGGGAGGGGGCAACAUGUUUUACUAGACAUCCUCCACCCUGGAUUGAUAAGUUUACUUUCUCCCAGUUAACGUAAAUGAAAGUCAGUGUUUGUCUUGUCUAGGCAUUGAAAAGUCUACAUAGAGCUAUGGACGAUCACAAGUUCUCCGUGUCUGGCAAGGAAACUAAACGUCAGACUGUGCUACCCAGCCGUCCUUAUAUCCUGGCUUUACCUGACGCGACAUUCACUGGCAGGACUGGGGAUGAGUAUGUCGGCCACGUGACCGGAAGUACUGAUGACAUGACUCCCCUGAAUUUCAACUUCCGGCAAUGGCAGGGCACCUUCGAGUCUGUUCUCAUACGCAAAGCCGCUGGACUGUAUUCAGACUUAGCAUCUCUGGCUCACGCUGACGGCGCCCACGGUCUUGCCCUGCGGUAUUUACGGCUCUCUCUAGUGUUGCUAUCGUCGUAUCGGAACCUCGAAUGGGUGAACUCGAGUCAAGAACUAGACCUGUUACCUACAGUGCUUUGCUGCUGUGGUGACGUGUACAUGUCCAUGGCGAAGUCACGUGACCUGCGGGAAUGUAUGGAAACUAGUGAAAAGGAUUAUGGGGCGGGUCAUGAAUAUGAUCAGUAUUUUGAUGAACAUUAUAGAAUUGCUGACGAGGCAGUUUAUCAACUCGAUGUUGAGUUUAUUGCUGAGGUUGAGAAACUCUUGCAAAAAAGGUGAGCCAGCCGAAAAUCAUUACAAUUGCUCCAGUACAACCAAUGGCUGUCAGUAAAGGCUCUUCAAACCUGUUGACAACUGAUGCAUCAUUUCAAUGCUCCGUUUAUUAUAAACAGGCAUAACAUGCAUUGGUUCUAUUGGAACAAUUGUAAUACUCUUAGUGUUAAAGAUAAUCUCUCAGUUAGAAUUUUCGAUGUUCACUAAUAAUUUGCUGCGUAAAAAUCUGGAACACAGCUGUUGCAAAGUUUCAGGACUCCAUGUAUUAUGCAACCUCAACAUACUCGGACUUUCAACAGAGACUUCUAGUAGAAGUUCUACUGUAAGUGCUGUUUUCAAUGAGAAUUUCUACAGGUAUGAUCAUUUCAUUGUAGUGAAAGUCUUUAUGAGCGAGCCUUGGACGUCUCAAGUGAUUCCCGGCAGGUCGAGCUUUUAGUCACUGUUACCAGAAGACUGGGAAACAUUAGAAAUGAACUGGGUAUGUUUUACAUGAAUACCGCUGCUAAAAUGACUGAUGGCGCAGAUGACAUCACACCGGAGGUGCUUUGGAAGAAAAGUUUGGAGUCGCUUAAUGCUGGGAUUCGCGCAUUUGAAGCUGUAGAUGACAGGUACUGGACUCGAUAUAUGUUACUGGAAUUAAAGUUAGUUUGGUUUAUGUUUCCUCCUGUAGUAACACUGGAUCAAUAAAAGAUGAUCCUUACUGGACCUCUAGGAAGAACAGUUUAGAACUGAUAGAGCUAUCCAGUAUAAAUUAAGUUAGUUUAAUUUAGGUUUCCUCCUGUAGUAACACUGGUUCAAUCUCUCAUAUUUUCAGGCCCAAUGUCGCGUUACUUCACUCUAACGUGGGUCGUCUGAUGCGUCUUUGCGCUCAGAGUCUCUUCAAUGAUGCUGACAAACGCGGAACAUUCACACCUCGAGAGAAAGCUUACUACACAUCUGCUGUUGAACAUUACCAGAAGUCACUGGGGGCACUAGGAGAACGGAAAUCGUUCCCAGAGGUUUGGGACAGAGUCAGGUGGGAAUUAUCGGGGACAUACUAUACAAUGGGUACUUUGGUUCAGGAUUAUGUUUCAUUAAAGGAAUACGAGGAGGAGACGGUAAGUUGUUUCAAUGUUUCUUCAAGUGAGUUGAGCUGCUCAACUGGUACGAGGAUCUUAAUAAACAUCACUUGAAUGACUUGUUGUCUCGAUGUGAUGAAAUUGAAGACAAACACUAAUUGUAAAAGUUUUAAACAUGACAGUAUCUGAAGUAGAUAGUUUGACCUAAGAAGCCAGGAACAUCUUUUUUGACCCUCUUUACUUUUGGAUUUGGAAGCCAUCAGAUGGAAAUGAUCGGCUAUACUUUAUUUCUAUAUUGUAGUGUGAGAGAGAGGUGUCAGACCUGAUGUUCAAGAGUCUCAAACUAUGUGAAGGUUUGCAGUUUCCUGACAAGAAUCUCAAUGUGGAUGUGAAAUAUAGAAUUGGAACAGUUCAUUAUCGACUCGCAUCAUUGUACCAUAACUCUUGGAGAAUGUUGGUAGGUUGGAGGGAUAAUUUUUUGACCAUUGGAUGUCAUAUGACUCGUAUAUAUUGCUGUAUUCACACGCCAUUGCAUAUAUUUAUCGCCUAGAACGUUGCGGUAGCGAGCUAAUGAUGCUAAAUGUUUUCAUUACGUAUAAACACAAGAUGAUUAGUAACUUUAAACUUUACUUUCUAGCCAUUAUCAGAUCCUAACUCGAAAAAGAAAAGACAUUUGGCUGAACUCCACUACAUCAAGGCCGCUGAGUUUAUUGACGUGACGUUACAUCCGACCGAGUGGCUGCGAAUGAACCUGGAACGAGUCGCUUUACUGGAACACCAGCUUGGCAGCGUACGUAGCAAGGGGAGUGGGGCGAGUAAGAUAUUUGACUCGAUACUAGAGCUUUUAUUGAAUUCGAAACAAGCUUUCCAGGCUUAUAAUGCUGAAAUGGGGAGAAAUUGUACGGGCAUUUCAGAAAAUGACGACAAAUAUGGCGGACAGGGUAAAAAUACGGAGAAAAAACAUGAAUCAGACGAAUCAACUGAAAAAACAAAGCCUGACUUAAGGGCAGAAAAUAUCAAGAAAAAUGGUGGGGACAAAGAUAUUUUGCUAAAACAAACACCCACGGUAAAUAAACAGAAUUCUGGCGAUACUCCAGGGAAACACGAGACAAAUAAUUCUGCAGAAGAGGUUGCCCGUCGUGGCGGGAAAGGCGAAACAGAAAAAGUGGCGGACAAGGAAUUUUUAAGUCUUGUUGAUAUUUUUGAAGCAAGGUUAAAGAAUUGUUUGAAAGAAUGCAUUAAACUUCGCUCUGUCGCUAAAAUUCCCGUGAGCACGCAACAGAAAGAACGUGAAAAAGUUUUAAAACGAAUGUUUGAGCUCACGCUUCGAGCAAGCCUCGCACGAGAACCUGAAGAAAGUUCGCUCGAGCAAUGCGAGAAAGUACUGGGGACCAUUACUGCUUUAGAGAAACUUCAAAAUAACACAGAGUUCAAUAAUUAAAAAUCUAACGUGUAAUCUUUCGC